GUGGAAAAAAAGGAAAAGUGCUUGUUGGAAGCUGAAGGGUGUUCGUGCGUGGGUUAUUUCAGGGCCAAGGCGCGCACAGGUGCAGAAGAGGAGAAUCUACUGCUCUGGAGGAAGAAUGCACUGCAGGAGUGCAUGCUGCAACCACUGGUCAUCUGAAGAGAGGCUUGAUGGGAAAACAGUCAUCAUCACUGGAGCCAACACUGGCAUAGGCAAGGAAACUGCCAGGGACUUGGCAAGGAGAGGUGCUCGUAUUAUCAUGGCGUGCAGAGACCUGGAAAGGGCAGAGGAGGCACGGACCGACAUUUUUGAGGACACAGGAAAUGAGAACAUGGUCAUCAGGAAGUUGGAUCUGUCUGACACCAAGUCAAUAAAGGCCUUUGCUGAACUCAUCAACAAAGAAGAGAAACAAGUGAAUGUCCUAAUAAACAAUGCAGGCAUCAUGAUGUGCCCCUACUCCAAGACAGCUGAUGGAUUUGAGAUGCAGCUGGGCGUCAAUCAUUUGGGUCACUUCCUCCUGACCUAUUUGCUGCUGGAUCUCAUGAAGCGCUCUGCUCCCGCUCGGAUCGUCGUCGUGGCGUCGGUGGCCCACACCUGGACUGGACUUCGACUAGAUGACAUUAACAGUGCGAAGAGUUAUGAUACCAUGAAGGCCUACGGACAGAGCAAACUAGCUAACGUGAUGUUUGCACGCUCUCUCGCCAAGCGGUUAAAAGCAACAGGAGUAAGUGUGUUCUCUCUGCACCCGGGGGUGGUGCAGUCCGACCUGUGGCGGCACCAGCAUCAGUGUAUCCAGGUAGCUGUGAAGAUCUUCAGGGUUUUUACCAAGACGCCAGUGGAAGGAGCUCAGACCACUAUCUACUGUGCCGUGGAGCCAGGCCUGGAGAUUCUUAGUGGAGAGUACUUCAGUGACUGCGCCCCUGCAAGGUGCUCAAGGGCGGCUGCUGAUGACGCUCUGGCAGAGAGGCUAUGGGAGAUCAGCUGCGAGUUGCUUGGCAUCGUUUGGCAGUGAGCGACUGGAAAUCACCCGGGAAACAAAAUCAAUUAUUUUCUGUACAAACAGGAUCUUUGAAAAGCACUGUCAAGCACUUUCAUAGACAUUUCAAAAAUACUUCAGUGACAUUUCGGUAUUGUAUGACCUAAUUUAAUAGAAUCUAAAAGUAUUAUGACCUUUAGUAUAUUGAUUUAUUUUUAUUAUUGCAACACCAAUCAAGGGUUUAAGACAAAUAUUAGCCAUACCUGUAUGAAGUUCAUUCUUGCAUUAAAAUGUUUUUUUUUUUUUUUUUUUUGCUUUUAGUAACAAAAUCUAAAUUUGUCACAAAGGUUUAACAGCAUUAAAGCAUUACAUUUUUUUUAAUUCAUACACUUUGAUUUUCAUCCUUUCUUUGUGUGUUGACAUGACCAUAGUCAUAGUUUGAAAUGAAAUUCUACCUUUAGGUUAUUGUGAUCUAUAUCAUAAUGAAUGAUGUUCUAACUUGUUACAUUUUAGCCUUUUUUAAAUGAAGAAAGGUUUUUAAUAUAAAACUUGUUUUUUUGUUAUUUUAAAUUAGAUGUAAAGUGAUCCCCCCCCUUAUCAUUCCGGUAGUGUUUCCCUGGGUUUUAAUCUAUUUUUAAAGUUUAGAAAAGCCCUUUAGAAACCAAUUCUGGCUUGGUGUGUUUAUAAGGAGUGUUGCAGGACUAUUGUAUUUGCCCUGAAUGUGUUAUUGAUUACAUUUCUACAGUUUCUGUAGUGUUUUGAAUAUUAGCUCAACGUUUAGGAGAUUGAAGCCUUAAAGAUAAUAUUUCUUUGUGUACAUGAGAAAAGAGGUCAAAACUCUCUCUCCUGUGUUUUAUUUUUAAAUCCAUUUGUGUAAAUAAAUACAUUUAAUUGGUUUUAUUGAGUUUGGUUGGGUUAUAUGUUCUGCUGUGUGCUAUGUUCAGAUGCCUUUCCUCUUUACCUGGGAAAAAAUAGCAACACUUAAUGUGAUGUUAUAAGGUCACAAAUUACAAAAAGUGAUUAGAUUUUGUUUAUUGCAUCUUUGGAAAUGUGUUCUUUAACAGACUAAUAUCACAAUUCUGCUUGUUUGAAACCUUACUGUGGCUAUUUAAGGCAUUCUCUAUGUUUUCCUUCAUGCAGUCUGCCUCGUGUGAAAGAACGUUCUGCUGCUUGGUCAGGUUAGACACCAUUAAGUCUGUCUGGAAUCAGAAUAAUGGAUGAAUAGGAUGUAUUAAAGUAUUAGCCAAUGCCA